GUGGGGGUCAAAUCCUCGAGAAGCUGAGCCAUCCGGUUCAGCCAUCUGCCCCAAACGGGCCGCAGGCCGUGGCGACCUCUCUAGGAGGCUCCAGAAAACCGGCCACAUCGCCCCUCUCGAGUGCAGAAAGCCGGCUUCCCCCGGCCCACUGGGAAAUGCCCGGCUAUCCUCCCAACCAGGGCAGCUGAGGGCAGGAGCCGAGCCAGAAGUGCCAAUAGACCAGUGGAGAGCACUCUCGCCUGACUAUCCAUCCAUCCCACCCGGCCCCAGACUCUGCGCUGCACACUCGCGUUGGGGGGGGAAGAGGGGCUGCGCAGUCACGCGCACACCACACUUGCGCUCACAAGCGCUCACGGCUUUCACUCUCCGCCCCGCACACCUGUGCUCCGCCCCCUGGUCCCGGGCCGGCGACAGGCUAAGGCAUUUGGGAACCUAGGGCGGCUGCGGCAGCGCCCCCCAUCGUUUCUCUUUCCCGAGGCUAGAGUUGUCCAGAGCCUGCCACCGCUCCCAACCAGCCUGCAUCCCUCUCCAUCCUUCCCUCCCCCAGCCUGCCGCGGCACCGGUAUCUGCAGCUGCAGCCCGGAGCCGGUGAGGUGGCAAAGGGGGAGGGGAAGGAAGCAAGGGAUGAGCACCGGGAGGGCGUCGAGGGCCCUGAGCCGGACUAGGAAGCCCCUGGAGCCAGAACCGGAGCCGGAGCCGGAGCCAGAACCAAACCACCGCUGCAGCCUCCUAACCCCAGGAGGCGCCCUGGCCCGCGCUCGCCCCCCAGGGCCUCAUGUCGGAACCACAGCCUGACCUGGAGCCACCCCAACAUGAGCUGUACAUGCUCUUCCUGCUUGUGCUGGUCUUCUUCCUUAUGGGCCUUGUAGGCUUCAUGAUCUGCCACGUACUCAAGAAAAAGGGCUACCGCUGCCGCACGUCCAGGGGCUCUGAGCCUGAUGACACCCAGCUCCAGCCCCCUGAGGACGAUGACAUGAAUGAGGACACAGUAGAAAGGAUUGUUCGCUGCAUCAUCCAAAAUGAAGCCAAUGCUGAAGCCUUGAAGGAGAUGCUGGGGGACAGUGAAGGAGAAGGGACAGUGCAGCUGUCCAGUGUGGAUGCCACCUCCAGCCUACAGGAUGGAACCCCCUCCCAUCAUCACACAGUGCACCUGGGCUCUGCAGCCCCUUGCAUCCACUGCAGCCGCAAUAAGAGGCCCCCACUUGUCCGUCAAGGACGCUCUAAGGAAGGAAAGAGCCGCCCACGGCCUGGAGAGACAACCGUGUUCUCUGUGGGCAGGUUCCGGGUGACACACAUUGAGAAGCGCUAUGGGAUGCAUGAGCAUCGUGACGGCUCUCCCACAGACAGGAGCUGGGGGUCUGGUGGUGGGCAGGACCCGGGGGGCAGUCAGGGGUCUGGGGGAGGACAGCCUAGGGCAGGGAUGCUGCCCACUGAGAGCCUGCCCCCUGAGAGGCCACAGUCCCAGGCCCUCGCCAGCCCCUCAGUGCAGAAUGGAAGACUCAGGGACAGCAGCCUAGUCCCUUGUGCACUUGGGGGAAAUCCUGGAGCCUCUGCAGAGCUGACCUUGGGGGCUGGAGUGAGGGUCCCAAGCCCAAGGCUGUCCAGUCAAGAGGCAAAAGGACAGCCAAGCAAACUAGACACCUCAGAUCACCAGGUAUGA